AUGUCCGCCUACGGCCACCACCGUCCCCGCACCAAGCCCCCCCCCCGCGCCCCUCGCCCCCCAUCUUCGUCGACCUCACCGGCCCCGACACGCAUCCCACACACCCCACGCCCACCCCCCGCUGCCGCUCGACCUCGCCGAGGCCACCACCCGCACCUACGAGGGCGCGCACCUCUGCCCCAAGACGGCCACGCAGAACUCACGCACGCGCCGCCGCCUGCGCUUUGCCGCCGCGCCAUCCCCGUCGCCGCUCUUCAUCCAACCGUCAAAGGUCUACUCCUCGUCGACUACUACUACUACUACUACAACCACAACAUCUACAACUAUAGCCACUGCUACACCCUCGUCCUCGUCCUCGUCCUCUUCGUCGGCGGCGGGGGGAGGCUGCAGCAGCAGCAACAGCAGAAGCAGAAGCAGAUACUACCACAGCCGAGUAAGGCCGACUUUGCGAGGCCCGGCCCAAGGAGGGAUAAUAAGCCCAAGCCGUACGUGCUGGAGCCGCCGCCGCCGGCGCAGCUGUAUCCAGAGUCAAGAUGCACCGAUUUCUUCCCCUGGCGCGGAAACCACGCCGAAGACCACGUCACCGACGCCCAAGCCCGCAACGGCCAAUUCGACAAACUCUUUGUCGGCAAAGGCAAUAACGAGCAAGCCUCCGCGCGCGCCUCCCUCACCCCCAUCUUCAAGCAAAAGGCCGGCCUGGCCACAAUGUCAUCCCUCUUCCUCACCGUCCUCGACAAGCGCCAGAAAUACGGCCGCUUCACGGCCCCCUCGACAUUUAAGCCGCCACCGCGCGUCACGCUGCCCGACGCCCGGAGAGAGGCCUGGCUAAGAGAUCUGGCCAGCCCGAAUGUGUCGCUGAGGAAGCUGUCGCGCACCAUCCCGCAUGGGCUCAAGGGCCCCGUGCUGCUCGACCAGUGCACGGCGAAGGGCGUGCCGACGGCGCGCGCCGUCUGGUUCGCGAGGUGUGUCGGUGCGAAUGAGCUGCGUGGGCUCAAGAGGAAGGGCGUGGGGUCGUUUGCGGUUGGUAGCGAGACAAAGUGGAUUAAGGAGUGGACGACGCAGGUGACGAGGUUCUUGGAGAAGACGAUUGUGGGGUGCACGGCGACGGAGGGGUGGAAGGCGAAGAUGCUCUAUGCGAUCCGGUUAUCGGCGCAUCUGUACUGGGAGAACUUAUUGGAUAAGACGCUGUUCUUGGAGUGGUUCUUGGGCUUCCUGGAGGCCUGCUCGCUGGAUAUGCUGCCGAUGGCGUACAUGCUGUCGAGCAUCUACUGGGACGAGCUUCUCCGCACGCGGCGACUCGGCCGCCGUCUUGCGGAGGCGCUGCUGGGGAAGGCGGAAGCGAUAAUCGCCGCGGAGGAGAACGAAGUAUAUGCACCGCUGAUGCAUAGGCUGAGCGUCAUGUUAGCUGACAUCCUCGUCUCACACCGCGAAUCACUCGUCAUCGCCAACUCCUGGGACGGCUACAAAGACGUCCUCUCGCGCUCCGUCCACCGCCGCAACCCCACAAUCCGCAGCUGCCUCGCCAACCUCACCGCGCGCAACAAGAACCUCCUCGCGCCCCUCGACCACAACGCCAAAGCCGCCACCACGCUCUCCCCCCAGCGCAAGCUCAUCAACACCCUCGACGCCAUCACCCUGCCCUACAACCUCGACGAGCUCUGGGCCAAAUGCUACAGCUCCACCACCACAAUGGCCCCCGCAGACCUCGUCCAGGUGCUCUGCGAAUGGGGCACCACCUCCCUCCGCGUCGGCGUGCACCGCGUCUACAUCGCCGCAGCGCUCCUGCGCGCCGCCGCCGCACGCACCAGCCCCGCCGCCGUCCACGAGCAGCUCCUCCACUUCCUCGAAACAUUCGGCACAAAGGUCGCCGGAAGCAAGCACGACGCAUACCUACUCAUCAGCGAGCUCGUACGCAGCAAGACGUUCGCCCUCGCAGCCUACAUGAAGUGGCUCAUCGCCCGCGGGUCGCUCUACGGCUUCGACACCAUGCACGCCUCAAACCCGUGCCAUGUGCGCCUGCUCGCCGAGAUCCCAGUCUACACCGCGCCCACCGCGCACCGAAACCUGCGCAAGAUCCUGCUCGCGAACGCGGGCUACGACGUGACCGAGGAGGCGCGCGCGCUGGCACAGGCGAAAGAGAUACUGGCGGGGCGGCUGGCGGGCGAUGGCGCUGAGGAGGCGCUGACGGAGCGGGAGACGGCCUUCUUCGCGGGACUGUCAAGGACGGUCAUGUGUGAGCUGGGCAUCUGGAUCCGCGAUAACGUGCGCAUGCAUGUAGUCAAGGGGGCGCCCGUGGGGCGCGACAACUGGCGCGACCUGAGCGUCGAGGUCGGCAUCACGGCGGUCACGACGGGCCAGUUUGUGCUGCUGCGGGGCCUGCUCGAGAUGUUCCAGGACAUGGCGGUGCUGGUGGACGUGGUCAAGAUGGUGAGUUCGUCAGACAGCAGCAGCACGCUGAGUGAGGCCGCAGACACGGUCAGCUAUAAUGCCGAGGCGUUCUCGGCGCUCGGCGCCGUAAAUGAGUGUCUCCGGCUGCUGCACAACCGGUAUAAGAAGCUGCAGCUGCGGCGCAGGUUGGAGCGGUUCUUGGUGGUGGCGCUGGCGGAGCUGGCGGCGGUGCCUGGCGCGAGUGGGGAGAUACGACGGCAGCUGGAGGAGGAUCUGGCGGCGCAGGCGAGGUGCGAGCCGAGGGUUGGGAUGGCGAAUUCGCCGGUGUCGGACACGAUGGCGGAUGUCUUUGAUGGUGGGAACGAGGAGAUUGACCGGCUGCUUGCCGCGGGAGCGUCAAUUGAUAACCACAACCUCUCGCGGCUGUUUGAGACCAUCGUAUCAAAGGUCGAGACGACCUUCGACGACGCCGGCGCCCAGAGCCAGGGCCAGCUCGCGUCCUCCGUGGGCUACCUCACAAAGCUGCGCCAGUUCGACACGCCCAUGUUCGACGACCUCAUGCACAGCUGGAUCACGCGGCUGCUGCAGUCCAGCAGCCGCCCGCCCCUCCCGCUGCUGCACACGCUCUCCAUCCUCGUCGCAUCCUCCACCCUCGCGCUCAGAACCGUCGUCACGGGCACGCUCGCCGCGCCAAAACCCACCGCCGACCUGAUCGCACAGACGCUCGAGCUGCUCACCGCGCCGCUGCUCCCCGCGCUCUCGCAGUGCGACAUGUACAGCCUGCGCCGCAAGCGGAAGAGCUUCGCGCAGGCGGCCCCCGCGCUGUUUGUGCGCCUGCUGCGCCGCGCGAUUGCGCUGUGUGCGGAGCAGCAGGCGCAGCUGACGCAGCGGCUGCGCGCGCUGGUGUUGUCGCGCGGGGUGCUGGAUCUGUUGAGGGGGGUGGCGACGGAGCGGCCGCAGACGCUGCUGGAGGAGGUGGUGGAGCCGUUGAGUCGGCGGGGCGGGCCGGGGGUGCUGCUGUGGUUGAGGAGGCUGGUGGAUCAUUUGUUGGAUGAUGCCGAGUCGGGGGAUAGUACGGAUUUGGACCCGGAGGUGCAGGUGGCGCAGUUGGUGCAGUAUGCGAAUGACUUUUCGAUCGGGUUGUGUCAGUUGAAGAUGAGGAUUAUUUUUGGGUCUGGUGGUUGUGGUAGUGGUGGUGGUGCUGUGGGAGGAGGAGGGGUGGGAGGGGUGGGAGGGGUGGGAGGAGGGGAGCAGGAGAAUCCACUUACGAAGCCGUUUUUCCAGGGCAUCGCAGCGACGUUCAAGGACCGCGUCAACAUCUGGACGGACCUCGUCUCAGUGCUGAACGCCGAGUGCGCCGCGCAGAUCCGACACUACGCCGAGGAGCUGCUCCUCUCGUCGUCCACCUUCCCGCCCGUGCGGCUGUGUCUGGGGCCGCUGGAGCCGUCGCUGCCCGAGGGCGGCGAGGCGCUCGCACGGGCGCUGCUGGCGGUGAUUGAGGCCACGGCAUACAGCAUCCCGCCGGGGGGCGUGCCGGGCGUGGCGGCGGCGCUGGCGGAGAAGCUGGUCAUGAUUGUGGGCGGGAUGGAGGAGGGGUGGGAGGUGGAUGUGGGUGAGUGGCGGUGCUGGUUGUUGCUAUUUUUGAGGGUUGUGGUGCUGCAUCGGGGUGCGUUUGGGGGGAGGGGGGGCGUGGCGGAGGGGGGAGAGGGGUGGUGGGCUAAUGUGGAUGGUGAACAGCAUGAGUUUGUGAGGAAGGAUGAAGAGUUGUUUGAUUUCGUAUUCGACAUCACGAGCAGCUUCAUUGACGACCUCCCCGACGAAACAACACAGCACAUCCGCCGCUUCACACGCGGCAAGAAGCCAACGCCGCGCAUGUCCUACCUCAUUGGCAGCAGCAGCGGCACAGAGUGGCUCAAGGCCUUCCAGCGCGGCAAGAUGAUUGACUAUCCCGUCAAGCCGUGGGAGAAGCUCGCCGAGCCGUCGCCCGUCAUGGGCGAGAAUGAUACGAGUGUGAGUCUGGUGCUGUUUAUGACGAGGAGGGGGAGGUGCUCGAGAGUGUAA